AUGGACUCAAGACCUUCGAAGAGAGUCAAGCUCGCUUCCGAUUCCGAGCCCGAUGGUGGCGUAGCACUCGAGGACGCCGACUCUGCGUCCGUUCGUGCCAGAAGAGCAGCCUUCCUCAGCUCAAUCUCUAGAUCCAUCUCGCCACCAGCAACCGCUAGAUCGGGAACGACGACGCCUCAAUUGAUCCAGACCACCACUGCUACUUCAAAGACUGCCGCCGCCGCUAAGAGUCAUGAUCUGAAAACCCGUGCUUUCACUCUCACCAGUUCGAAGCAUGUAUCCGCGGACAGAGUAUUGGAGGACACUGAGUUGCCCCCGCAAGUCAACCUCAUAGCAUCGCCGUUCAAGCUCACCAAGAUCCGUGACCUGCCAUCGUCGCAGAACAUCGACACAGUCUCCAUCGAUGACAUCCUGGGCAAUCCGCUGAUCAAAGAGGCGUGGGUCUUCAAUUACUGUUUCGACAUCGACUGGUUCAUGAAUUUCUUCGACAGCGACGUCCGCAAUCAAGUCAAGGUGAAGGUCAUUCACGGCUCGUGGAAGAACGACAGCCCGGCCAAGCAGGCCAUUGACGACGCAUGCCGGAGAUGGGAGAACGUCACAGCGACGACAGCUUACUUGCCCGACCAAUUCGGCACCCAUCAUAGCAAGAUGAUCAUUCUGUUCACCCACGAUGAUCUCGCCCGGGUUGUAAUCCACACGGCCAACAUGCUCGCGCAGGACUGGACGAAUCUGACCCAAGCGGCCUGGAUAUCUCCUAUGCUGCCACUCAUGAAAACUCAUGCUGGUACCGUUGUCGGCAAGAUCGGGUCUGGCUCACGGUUCAAGCACGACCUCCAGGCAUACUUGGCAGCGUAUGGCUCGAAAACAAAGGCGCUGAGGGAUCAAUUGGCACUAUUUGACUUCGGCAGCGUCAGAGGUGCCCUGAUUGCGUCAGUCCCUUCGCACAUGAAAGACUUCCCAACCAUAAGCGAUACAAAGCAGCUGUGGGAUCAGAAGCUAUGGGGCUACCCGAGCUUGUUUCGAGCCUUGAGCUCCAUCCUCCCUCGGCAGCAACAAGAGACCUCACCUUCCCAUGUCGUGUGUCAGAUUUCCUCAAUCGCUACGCUCCCUCCAGCCUGGCUGAAUCAGUUCUUCCCCGUUCUCCACGGUCCGCUGGCGUCGGACUCUUCGCAACAACGACAACGAGAACAAGAACAACGCCAAUGGGAUCCUUCGCGCGUUUCAAUCAUCUACCCAACUCCUCGCAACGUCGCGUCCUCCCUCAACGGCUAUGCAUCCGGUGGCUCGAUCCACAUGAAAGCCCAGUCGGCGGCUCAUCUGAAGCAGAUCGCCAGCCUACGCAAGUCGCUAUGUCAGUGGACGCAAGGCCCGAAUGAAGCCCUCCGAGCGGGAAGAGCGGAAGCUGCACCCCACAUCAAGACGUUCGUGUGCUUCUCCUCCAAGCCGACCAAAGAAUCACCCACGCCAGACAUCCAAUGGGCGUUGCUGACGAGCGCCAACCUCAGUCAACAGGCGUGGGGGACCUUACGCGAGGUGGCCAAGGGUAAACAGAGGGAGAAGCACAAGGAGAGAGAGGUCGUCGUGCAAAGCUACGAGAUCGGUGUCCUUGUAUGGCCGGAACUAUUCGCCAAGGACUUUGACACAGGAGAAGUCGAGGCGGAAAGGGAAAGGGAAAAGAUGGGGGAGACCGAGUUAGGUACGGAAAGGCAGACCGCGAUCGUGAUCUCGACGGGAACAUCGAAACGGCAAGAGCGUCAAGACACGGUGCGAAUGGUCCCUCUGUUCGGCAAAGACGAGCCUUCAGCGACAGCUACAGUCCCCUCGUCGAAUAAUACCAUCGUCGGGCUCCGUCUCCCCUACGACCUCCCUCUGACGCCAUAUUCUUCAACGGACAUGCCAUGGUCGCCGCAGGGAGUCUACGAGCAGCGUGAUCGACACGGGCGCCGCUGGCCCAGGGAUUUUUUGUGA